CGGAGCGUAGAAGAAGAAAAUGCGGAAGUGAAUCUUAAACAACCAGUGGAGUGACUCAAGCGUGUUCGAUGAGGCAGGCUGCUGGCUCGUUAUCUAGAAACUUCCAGCACAGUUCACUUGAGAGGGAGAGGUGACAGCGCGUAUAAACACUUUGUCCGAAGAGGGGAACAUAUUCGACGGUAACAUGUCUGUCAUAUCGGAGGAAAGUGUCCGAGGGGGGAGCGUGUUUAAGGACAUUGGCACCGUAGACGAAGACUGGCAGCCCACGGAGAUCGAGAGCAUGUGUAUGAACUGCCACCAGAACGGUAUGACACGUUUACUGCUCACUAAGAUCCCGUUCUUUAAAGAAGUCAUCGUCAGCUCGUUCAGCUGUGCCAACUGCAGCUGGUCCAACACCGAGAUCCAGUCUGCAGGCCGGAUCCAGGACCAGGGCAUUUCCUACACACUGAAAGUCAAAUCUAAACAGGACUUGAACCGGGAAGUGGUGAAAGCAGACAGUGCCACCACCAAGAUCCCUGAGCUGGAUUUUGAAAUCCCUCCCUACACGCAAAAAGGUGCCCUGUCCACCAUCGAGGGGCUUUUAGACCGAGCAGUUGCAGGAUUGGAGCAAGACCAGCCAGUUAGACGAGCCACAGACCCUGAAGUGGCUGAGAAGAUAGACGAGUUCAUCCAGAAGCUGAAGAAGUUAAAAGAUGUAGAGGAGGAAUUCACACUGGUGAUUGAGGAUCCAUCUGGGAACAGUUUUGUGGAGAAUCCCCAGGCCCCUCAGAAGGAUGAGGCUCUCACCGUGACCCGGUUCAAGAGAUCAGUGCAGCAGGACAUCAUGCUGGGGAUACGAGCCGAUGACGACUUGGAUGAAGAGCCGUCUGGAAGCGACCUGGACACCAUGAGAAAUGAAGUGUUGGUCUUUGACACGAACUGCCCAGACUGCAACGCCCCGUCCUCCACCAACAUGAAGCUGGUCCAGAUCCCUCACUUCAAGGAGGUCAUCAUCAUGGCGACAAACUGCGACAGCUGCAGCCAUCGCACCAACGAGGUGAAGUCUGGUGGAGCCACCGAGGCCCUGGGCACCAAAAUCACCCUGAACAUCACCGACCCCUCAGACAUGACGAGAGACGUGCUCAAGUCAGAGACCUGCUCCAUCCUCAUCCCAGAGCUGGAUUUCGAGCUGGGGAUGGCGGCUCUGGGAGGGAAGUUCACCACUCUGGAGGGGCUCCUGAAGGACAUCAAAGAUCUGAUCGUCUCCAAGAACCCCUUCAUCUGCGGGGACAGUGGCUCCUCGGACCGUUUGGAGAAGCUGAGGGAGUUCGGGGAGACGCUGGAUAAGGUCAUAGCCGGGAAGAUGAAAGUCCAGUUUAUCCUGGACGACCCAGCGGGGAACAGCUACCUGCAGAACGUGUACGCACCUGAUCCAGAUCCUGAGAUGACCACGGAGAAGUACACUCGCACGUUUGAGCAGAACGAAGACCUCGGCCUGAAUGACAUGAAGACCGAGGGAUACCAGCAGGGACAAUAAGCUACUGCAGAAAGGACUAAAGUUAGAUAUUCAUGUCGAGUUAAACCCAGUGUGAUUAUACAUGGCUCCAUAUUUUCUGUAAUUUCAUACUUUCUAAGUUAAACAUUGGGUGAAAGGUUGUUUUCAUCUUAACAUGAACAGUGAGAGGAAAUUUAAGUUUAAAUAUACGCUGAGAAAAGAAGCACUUGAGUAACUUAUUUGCAGCACAAGAUGUCAUUGAAGACAAUCUCUUCAGUCUGACUCUUGAACACUUUGUUGCAUUCUCAUGACUUCCCAGAAGAUGGCACUCUGUUGCCUUUAAAUAUGAUUUCUUCUCCCUGAGAGGACCACAGACUGUGUGACAAAUUCAUGUUUUUCACACCUGUAAGCUGAACACAACAUAAAUAAAGUGUCCACAGUGAUAUUUUAGAUCUGGUCA